CAAAGAUUUGUUCGGCAUAACCCGCGUGGGUGACUGUCCUUCCAAGCGCACUAUGGUGGAUGUGCGUGCGGUUGCCAAGGCUAUUGAGGCACUAAGAAGCUCACACGUGUGCUGACGGAGGCGGAACCGCUUGAAGUGUAGUGCGUCGUCACUUCCUCACGCCAACGGUAUGAAGACCAGCAGCUACAUCUCAGCCACACCACCUGACACCCGUUCAUCGCCAUGGAGAGUGAACAGAAGCAAGUGUUAAACAUGCUUCAGCGACCCUUCCGUCUGCAAACUCGAAAACAGGAGAAACAACCACGAAGUAGCCGAAUCGUGGCUGCGCAUGUGAACCUGCUCAGUGCGCCAGGAAGAAGUGAAUCGGAGGUGCGUCUGAAUACCACAAUCUUGACGGGUCAUCCCAUUGUGUUUGAUGAGGGUACCCGUGUGGUAGAAAGCCAACCACCACCUCAGCCCCUUGCUCUUGCUCGCUCCAUUCCCAGAGGCACUGUCUUCUCUAUCUUCGUGAAGAGCCAUCGUUUGGCCGCCAAGGAACUCUGCGACUACUUCAUGGAGGCAAGUAGUGUGAAGGAGCUUGAGGAAAUGGUGGAGGAGGUGCAAGGAUUAGUCAAUGAGAAGCUUUUCAUCUUUGCCAUAUCAUUUGUAAUCACCAGGAAGCCGGAGAUGAGACAUCUGCGCCUGCCGAGCAUUGUGGAAAUCUUCCCCAGCAUGUUUGUGCCAGUGACGACCUUGUCAGAGAUGGAACACGAGGCCAAGAAAUCCACCCCUGACCAAAUUGUAGUAACAAAAUAUGGACCAGAGUUCUCCAGCACUCACCUCAAGCCUGAGCACCGAGUAGCCUACUGGCAUGAGGACUAUGGCAUCAAUUCCCACCACUGGCACUGGCAUCUUGUCUACCCUGUGGAUUUUGGUGUGAAGAAGGAUCGUAAGGGGGAGCUUUUCUUCUACAUGCACCAACAAAUGCUUGCUCGUUAUGACAUGGAUCGGCUGAGUGUCGGCCUGAACAGGGUGCAAAAACUGAGCAACUGGCGCAUCCCCAUCCCUGAUGGCUACUUCCCCAAGCUGACUAUCAACAACUCUGGCCAGACAUGGGGCUCCCGGCAGGACAACACAUUAAUGCAGGACUCAAGCCGAGUUGAAGUGAGGUCUAAGGUGUCUGACCUGGAGCAGUGGCACAGCAGGAUCAUGGAAGCCAUUCAUCAGGGUUAUCUUGUUGAUGAUAAGGGUAACCAAAUAAAGCUCACAGACACAGUCAAGCCACCUGAGAAGCGUGGGAUUGACCUCCUCAGUGAUGCAGUGGAGGCAGACAGCAGCCUCAGCCUCAACUAUUCCUUCUAUGGCAGCCUGCACAAUGUGGGACACAUGCUCAUUGCAGCUGUCCAUGACCCAGAUUAUUUUCAUCAGGAGAACCUUGGAGUUAUGUCAGAAACAGGCACAGCCAUGAGGGACCCUGUGUUCUACCGUUGGCACAAGUACAUUGAUGACAUUUUCCAGCAGUACAAGCUCACUCAGCCACCAUACACAGCUGAGGAACUGUCCCUCUCAUCAGUUGAGGUGGUGUCAGUGGCUGUAGAAUGCCAGAGUCAGAAGAACCAGCUGAUCACUGGCUGGAGCACUCGAGACUUUGAAGCGAGUCGUGGACUGGACUUUGACAAUAACAAGCCUGAUAAGCCAGUGAUAAUGCAACUCAAGCAUCUCAACCACCAUCCCUUUGUCUACAACAUUGAGGUGAUCAACAGCAGCAGUUUACCAAAGGAAGUGACAGUGAGGAUCUUCAUGGCACCCAAACUUAAUGAAAAAGGAGCUGAGAUGAACUUCAUGGAACAGCGCCUCCUCUGGGCUGAGAUGGACCGCUUUACCCACAAUUUGAAGCCUGGCCCAAACCACAUUCUGCGUUCCUCCACCUCCUCGUCCAUCACAAACUUGAAUGACUUCACCUUCCGUGACCUGGAGAAGCAGCCGAACCCAGACAACCUAGUUGCCCCUGAAAACACCCUCUUUAACUUCUGUGGGUGUGGCUGGCCCCAACACAUGCUGCUGCCACGUGGGAAGCAGGAGGGAAUGUCCUUUGAACUCUUUGUGAUGGUCACUGAUUGGAAUCAGGACAAGGUGGCACAGCCUGAUGGUGCCCGUUCCUGUUCUGCUGCUGCAUCAUUCUGUGGUAUUCUGGAUGCCCUCUACCCUGAUGGCCGGCCCAUGGGUUUCCCCUUCGACCGCCGCCCCUUGCCCAUGUUACUCAACAGACACGUGGAAAGAACCUCAGAUCUGACACGUCUCAGCAAUAUAGCCAUGCAAGAUAUCACCAUCACCUUCACCAAUGCUAAGAUCACCCAGUAAGGUGGAUGGAGUGGUGGUCUGUUGACUCACAGGCCCUGGAUGAUGUGGUGUUGGCUGAUGGUCCUGCUCUUCACCUCUCUGCAAACGUGACAGGUAUUUAGUCUUAAAAGAGCACUUGUGGAUCUAAAGAGGACUGUGUUGAGAGUUCCAGGGGCAAUGUAGGAAAUGGUCUGGUAAAAAACAUUGAUAAUGGUAAUGACAUAAUAAUGGUUUGAAUUACAUUUUCUGCAAGUUUUCCCUGCCAGUACAUGAAGUUUCUCUCUGAACUCCAUACAACAAGCCUGUACUGGGACAAGAAAGUUUUGUUUUAAUUGUUGUGUUCAGGUGUUGAGUAAGUAAAUGUGAGUUGAUUUCUUUAUAAGUAAUCAUAAAAAUUGCAACAACUUCCAUUUUAUGUUUGUAUACUUAUAGUUCGAAGUUCAAUAAAAAAAUUUUAUUCUCCUAUCCUUUAGUACUAACUUUGUUUUAUAAUGAAUAAAACACUUCACUCAA